AUGGUCCACCCCGAGGGGAGUGCCCUGCUGAAGGCCGUCUGGCAGGGCAAGUUCCGCCUCACCCGCCUGCUGCUAGAGGGCGGGGCCUACAUCAACGAGGGCAACACCCAGGGGGAGACCCCCCUCAUUGCGGCCUGCCUGGCCCCCUACGAGGACCCUCAGAACAAGUCCCGCAUGGUGAGGUACCUCCUGGAGAACGGGGCCGACCCCAACAUCCCCGAUAAGAUGGGGAAGUCCGCCCUGAUGCACGCCUGCGCCAACGGGGCUGGGGCUGAGGUGGCCUCCAUUUUGUUGGCGCACGGGGCGGAGCCCAGUGCCAAGGAUUAUUCCGGGUCGUCAGCUUUGGUGUACGCCAUCAACAAGGGGGACCGGGGGACCUUGCAGGUGCUCCUGGACGCUUGCAAGGCCAAAGGGAAAGAGGUCAUCAUCAUUACCACAGACACAUCCCCCUCGGGGACCAAGAAAACCAAGCAGUACCUGAACUCGCCACCAUCGCCAGGCGUGGAGGACAGCCGUUCGCCCGCUCUGUGCAUGUCCCCCUCGGACAUCGAGGUAAGGACCUCCCAGUCCCCCGGCGGCAUCGAGAAGGAAGAGGAGCGUGACGUUUUCAACUUCACCAUGGCCACCCGGCUCAGCUGCUCCCCUCUCCCGCACGGCAAAGGGAAGGAGGCGGAGGAGAAAGCCCCGGCCCUCCCGCCCAAAGGCCGGCCCAAGCAGCUGAAGAGGUUGAACUCGGAGCCGUGGGGCCUGGUGGCGCCCUCUGUCCUAGCUGCCUCCCACCAGGAAAAGGCCCGGACCCCAGAAGAGAGGAUGACGGCUGAGAUGAACGGCCUGAGCUUCUCCAAGAGGCCUCCGUUGUCCCGGAGACACAGCAUGGAGGGCCAGGAGUCGUCCUGCCUCAAAAUGGCCGCUCACCAGGCCUCAGGGGAAGAGCUGGCCAGCCUGGAAGCCGCGUGGGCAGAGAAAGUCCAUUUCAGCCACCUGCACCAGACUCUCGCCCGACGCAACACAGCGCCCGAAACCCAAGACGGAGGCCCGAGUCCUGGCUCCCGGGCUCUGGUCCACCCCAAGCUGAAUUGCUUGGACCACUACGAGUUGGAUUCCCUCUGCCCCGAGUCCAUGCCCGGCUCCCCGGAUUCGGGCCGCGUUUCUGUAGAGAGGAGGAAGUACAACGCCUCCCCGUUGACCCUGCCGGCCAGCUCGUCCCGAGAGAGUUUGGAAAGUAUCCCCAAUGCCGUCUCCCCCAUCACGAUACGACGCCGGGCCCCGGGUCUCCUCGAGAGGAGGGGCUCUGGGACGCUGCUGCUGGACCACUUUGCCCACACCCGUCCGGGCUUCCUGCCCCCGCUCCACCUCAACCCCCACCCUCCCCUCCGCGACAUCCGGGGCAAUGGCAAGCCCUCCUCCCCGGCCCACAAGGGCCUGAUCCCGGUGGCCCCCACUUCUCCCAAGGGCAAGAGGCUACUCCGGAGGCACUCCAUGCAGACGGAGCAGAUGAAACAGCUGGUCAGUUUUCAGAGCCUGGUCGCCCAAGGGGACUCGGUGGCCAGUUAA